UCUUCAAACAGAAAGAGAAAUUAACCAAAUUAAAAAAAAAAAAAAACGUAAAAAAGGCGAUCGAUAUUGAAAGAAAAAAUACAGAAAAUGCCACUCCUCCCCUGGAUCUACAAGAUCUAAUCUGCUUCUUUUUCUUAAAAAAAAAAAAAAAAAAACUUUACUCUCUCAGAUCUAUAUCUUGAAUUAGAUCCCUAACUGAGAAAAAAAAAUCAAUAGCAAUUGAAGAAGACGAAAGAUGUAUAUGGCAUAUGGGUAUCCGCAGGUGAUUCCAUUAGAGCAAGGGCUGUGUCCUUCGUCGCAAAAGAUCAUUUACCUCAAACUUAUUAACCGACUCUUGCUCGUCGUUUCUCCUUCGCAUAUCGAGCUCUGGAGCUCCUCUCAGCAUAGAGUGAGGUUAGGGAAGUAUAAGAGAGAUGCGGAUUCGGUGCAGCGAGAAGGCGAGAAUUUGCGGGCUGUUUGGAGCCCUGACUCCAAAUUGAUCGCCGUUAUUACAUCUUCUUUUUUUCUUCACAUUUUCAAGGUUCAGUUCACAGAGCGGAAAGUACAAAUAAGAGGGAAGCAACCCUCUGGUUUAUUUUUGGCAACGAUAACUUGUGUUCUGAAUGAACAAAUCCCUUUUGCGGGAAAGGAUUUUGCCAUAAGCAAUACUGUGAGUGAUAACAAACAUAUGCUACUGGGGCUUUCUGAUGGAUCUUUGUAUAGUAUAUCCUGGAAAGGGGAGUUUUAUGGAGCUUUUCAUCUUGAUUCCUUUGAACGUAAUAGCAGUCUAGCCAAUGGUAUUGCUUCUGGAGAGGCUCAGGGAGCUCUUGUCUUGAAUUAUAAAGUCUCCAAGAAGUCUGCUAUAGCCCAAUUAGAGUUUUGUGUUCCAAUGAGGCUGCUAUUAGUCUUAUAUUCUGAUGGACAACUGGUGUCGUGCUCUGUGAGCAAGAAAGGUUUAAAGCCAGUUGAAUCCAUUAAAGCUGAAAAAAGUGUGGGAUCUGGUGAUUCUGUAUGUACUUCCAUUGCUGGAGAUCAACAGAUCCUUGCUGUUGGUACCAGAAGAGGAGUUGUUGAGUUAUAUGACUUGGCUGAAUCAAUGUCGCUCAUUCGUACUGUCUCCUUAUAUGACUGGGGAUAUUCAAUGGAUGACACUGGUUCUGUCAGUUGUAUUGCAUGGACACCGGAUAAUUCUGCUUUUGCAGUUGGGUGGAAGUUAAGAGGACUUACGGUUUGGUCUGUUUCUGGAUGUCGUCUAAUGUCAACCAUCCGUCAAAUUGGUUUGAGUUCUGUUUCUUCUCCAGUAGUUAAGCCAAACCACGAUUGUAAAUAUGAACCAUUGAUGGGUGGUACGUCACUAAUGCAGUGGGAUGAAUAUGGAUAUAGGCUUUAUGCUAUUGAGGAAGGAACGUUGGAGAGAAUUCUUGCAUUUUCUUUUGGAAAAUGUUGCCUGAGCAGAGGAGUUUCAGGAAUGACUUAUGUCCGUCAAGUGAUUUAUGGUGAAGAUAGGUUGCUUGUUGUGCAGUCUGAAGAUACCAAUGAGCUUAAGAUGCUACAUUUGAACCUUCCAGUUUCUUAUAUCUCCCAAAAUUGGCCUGUUCAACAUGUGGCAGCGAGCAAGGAUGGAAUGUAUCUGGCAGUUGCUGGUGUCCAUGGGUUGAUUUUAUAUGAUAUAAGGCUGAAGAAGUGGCGAGUCUUUGGAGAUAUUUCUCAGGAGCAAAAGAUUCAGUGCAAAGGUUUGUUAUGGCUGGGGAAGAUCGUUGUUGUCUGCAACUACAUUGAUUCUUCUAACACGUAUGAGUUGCUUUUCUAUCCUCGAUAUCAUCUUGAUCAGAGCUCGCUACUUUGCCGUAGACCAUUGCUUGCAAAGCCAAUGGUGAUGGAUGUGUAUGAAGAUUAUAUACUAGUCACUUAUUGCCCUUUUGAUGUACACGUAUUCCAUGUGAAAUUGUUGGGUGAAUUGACACCUUCAAGUACUCCAGACCUACAGCUUUCUACAGUACGAGAACUCUCUAUCAUGACAGCAAAGAGCCAUCCUGCAGCGAUGCGUUUUAUUCCUGAUCAAAUUCCGAGAGAGGGUGCUCUUGACAAUCAUAUUUCAUAUUCCUCAAACUUGUCAGUCAGAGAGCCUGCAAGAUGUCUGAUACUGAGAGCAAAUGGGGAGCUUUCACUACUUGAUUUGGAUGAUGGACGGGAAAGGGAACUCACUGAUUCUGUUGAAUUAUUUUGGGUUACAUGUGGUCAAUCAGAGGAGAAGACAAAUCUAAUUGAGGACGUUUCUUGGUUGGAUUAUGGCCACCGAGGAAUGCAGGUUUGGUAUCCAUCUCCUGGUGUUGACUCAUUUAAGCAGGAGGACUUUUUGCAGUUGGACCCAGAGCUGGAAUUUGACCGUGAGGUGUACCCUCUGGGGCUUCUUCCAAAUACUGGGGUUGUUGUUGGUGUUUCGCAAAGAAUGUCAUUUUCAGCAUGCACAGAGUUUCCAUGUUUUGAGCCAACUCCCCAAGCUCAAACUAUAUUGCAUUGCCUACUUCGACACCUCCUUCAGAGGAACAAAAGCGAGGAGGCUUUACAUUUGGCACAAAUAUCAGCAGAGAAGCCUCAUUUUUCACAUUGUUUAGAGUGGCUUCUUUUCACUGUAUUUGAUGCUGAGAUUUCAAGGCAAAAUGUGAAUAAAAACCAGAUCUCAGUCCCAAAAGAGGAUAUCUCUCUUUUGGAGAAGACCUGUGAUCUGAUCAGAAAUUUCCCUGAGUAUCUUGAUGUCGUUGUGAGUGUUGCAAGAAAAACUGAUGGUAGACAUUGGGCUGAUUUGUUCAUUGCUGCAGGAAGAUCAACUGAGUUGUUUGAAGAUUGCUUCCAACGGAGAUGGUACCGCACUGCAGCUUGCUACAUUCUUGUAAUUGCUAAACUUGAAGGUCCUGCUGUUAGUCAGUAUUGUGCUCUUCGCUUAUUGCAGGCAACACUCGACGAAUCAUUAUAUGAACUUGCUGGAGAGCUGGUGAGGUUCUUGUUGAGAUCAGGGAGAGACUAUGAGCAAGCAUCUACUGAUUCUGACAGAUUAUCUCCUAGAUUCUUGGGCUAUUUUCUUUUUCGUUCCAGUUACAGGAGGCCGUCACUUGAUAAAAGCACCUCAUUCAAAGAGCAAAGUGCUCAUAUUGCUCCUGUCAAGAACAUAUUGGAAAAUCAUGCUGGCUAUUUGAUGUCAGGAAAGGAGCUUUCCAAGCUUGUUGCAUUUGUAAAAGGCACUCAGUUUGAUUUAGUGGAAUAUCUUCAACGAGAAAGAUAUGGUUCUGCUCGAUUGGAGAAUUUUGCUUCAGGGCUUGAACUGAUUGGGCAAAAGCUGCAAAUGGGUACAUUGCAGAGCAGGUUGGAUGCUGAAUUCCUCUUGGCUCAUAUGUGCUCUGUCAAGUUUAAGGAGUGGAUAGUUGUCCUUGCCACUCUUUUAAGACGAUCUGAGGUUCUUUUUGAUCUUUUCCAGCAUGAUAUGCGGUUGUGGAAAGCAUAUAAUAUGACAUUGCAGUCUCACCCAUCAUUUGCUGAAUAUCAUGAUUUAAUUGAUAUCUUGGAAGAGAAACUUUCAUCCAUUGCAAAUUCAGAAGACAAAUAAGGUAGAUAUCAAGUUUAACCGAAACAAAAAAAUUUCUAUUGGGAAAUGCCUAUUUCCAACCGAGUAACAAAUUUCUUUUAAAGCAUGUAUCAUUUAUUUUUUCAAUCAAGCAUAAGGAAAGACCAACGGAAAUCCAAGUCUUGAGAAUGAUUAGGCCUUUGAAUAUUACAGUAAACCUUGUAUCCCAUUAGAAUCACAAAAUUGUUCUUUGUAGAUGUAGAGGCUAAGCUUCUUAGGUUUUCAUGCCCAGUUGCAUGUUGCAGAGGUAUAUUU